AUGAAAUCGGUCAUCGUUUUAACCGUCGCCACGUUGGCUACUGUUUUGGCGGCCACAACAACAACACCAAAGGUGAGUUCUAGUAACUUGAGUAUUCUGGGAGCAAAAAAAUGUUUCAGCCAGCACCAGAAGUGAAAUCAGAUGCCGCAGAAGGUCGUCGUCAUCACCAUCCAUACGGUGGAUACAACGGAUAUCCAUACUACGGUGGUCCACAAUUCCUUCCACCACUUCUUCAAGAUCGUAAGAUCCUUCAGUAGUAGAAGAUCUACAAUAGAUUUUUCCAGGUUUCGUGUGCGAUCUUGACGCUUCAGUCCUUCUCAUCACCCAAAAUCAACACAAUCAUCACUUCGGUGCUCCAUCCCGCGCAGUUCGUGUAAAAUGCUCGGAAGUUGCUUCGUAUGAUGAGGAUUCGUGCAAUUUGUGCUGCCAACAAACCGCUAGACGUGAUACCACUUUGGCUAAUGUGAGUUUUGAAUGGGGGCCGGGCCUAGAAGUGGACCUAUUGGUAAGGAGUGAGGCCUAGGGAACUUGAGAAGUUCGGCUGCCAAGAGUUCGGGCCUUGAGACAACUUGCUUUCAAGUAGUGACGCCUAUAGACUUAGGCUUAGGUGAGAAGGGGUGGCGCUCUUGAGAUCUAGUAGUGCCUCAAGCAGAUGCGCCUAGACAAGUCAGUAACUCGGAAAAUUAAAUCAAAUUUGAAAAUUCGAAAAAAAAUAAUUUUGCAGGACAAACUCUUCGGAUUCCUCGCCAUCACCUCCCAAGAAGACACACCAUCCGAAACCUUCAAAACUCGUGCCAAGAGAGAUGUUGAAGAAGAAAUCGAAGAGGAAGAAGAAGAAAUCGAAGAUGAUGAUGAAGAACAUCGCGGUCGUCGUCGCUUCCACAACGUCAAGCCAACCUACUUGAAAAACGCCGAUUGGAAUCCAGACCCAUAUUUCACCAACGUCAAAUGCGUUUGCUGUGCACCAAAACCAGCUCCAGUUGUCUUUGCUGCUCCAGCCACCUAUGGAAAUGUUGCUGCCGCUCAACCAGCCGCCUCCACAUCAUACGGAGCUGCAGCUGCACCAGCUUCUCAACCAGCCACUACAUAUGGAGCUGCUGCCGCUCCAGCUCAACCAAUUUAUGGAGCAUGGGGAGCUGCUGCUGACACAACAUCAACUGGAACCAUCAAUAAUUCUUAUUGA